AUGUUCUAUGAUCUGAAUAUCUCCUACACGCCCAACGACCCUGAAAUCUCCAACACUCUCCUGUUUCUUGCUGAACUCGGCUACACAACAGUAGCCCUCUCCCAAUCUAUCUCUGGCAAACUCCCCGCAGACCUCUCCCCCGCUCCUUUUCCCGCGAAUGCCCCUAAAUCCCUCACCCUCCUCUCCCGAAUAACAGUCACCGUCUCCGACCCGGCCCAAAACCAGCGCCUCACCCCUCUCUCACAACAUUUCUCCCUCAUCGCCCUUCGGCCCCUGAACGAAAAAUGCCUCACCCUCGCCUGCAACAGUCUUGACUGCGACAUUAUCUCCCUCGACCUCUCCGCCCGCCUCCCCUUCCAUUUCAAAUUCAAAACCCUCGCCGCUGCCAUCGCCCGUGGCAUCCGGCUGGAGAUCUGCUAUGGCCCCGGCGUAACGGGUAGCGGCGCGGAGGCACGCAGGAAUCUAAUUGGUAAUGCCGCAUCGCUAAUACGCGCGACGCGCGGGCGCGGGCUUAUUAUCUCGAGCGAAGCGAAGAGGGCGCUGGGGGUGCGCGCACCUUUUGAUGUGGUUAAUUUGGCCUGUGUAUGGGGGUUAACGCAGGAGAGGGGAAAGGAGGCGCUGUGCGAUGAAGCGAGGAAGGUUGUGGCAUUGGCCGGGAUGAAGCGAAGGAGCUGGAGGGGGAUUGUGGAUGUUGUGUAUGGAGGGGAGAAGCUAGUGAAGGAGGGGAAGGAUACGAAGGAUAACAGCAGCAACAGGAAUCAGAGUCGGGGGAAUGGGAAUGGAAUUGGGGUGAAGAGGAAAGCUGAUGCUGAGACUGAAUCGAAUGCUGAGCCGCAGGCGCCGUUGUCAAAACGGGAAUUGAAACGGAGGGCCAAGCGGGCAAAACUUCAGGGGUUGAGUGCCGAUGAUAACUCGACAGCAAUUCCGAUGCAUGAGGGAGAUAAACCAUGA